AUGAGCAUCAUCCGCGAGGAUUUGGUGCAGGAGGCGGCGGCGGCAGCAGGGGUGAAGAAUGUCGGGGAGAAGGUCGCGGCGUCGCUCGCUGCUGAUGCUGAGUACCGACUAAGGGAGAUCAUUCAAGACGCCCUCAACUUCAAGCGCCACUCUAGGAGGAGGAAGCUCACCCCGGCGGACAUCAACAACGCGCUUCGGGUUCGCAAUGUCGAGCCCUUAUACGGCUUCACCUUUCCGGAGCCCAUCGUGUACACAACCAAGCAAGGAGAAGGAGGAGGGUCUCAGAUUAUCAUCGAGGAGAAAGAGCUGGAGUUCGACGAGCUCCUGUCUGCUCCAUUGCCCAAAGCACCAGUUGAAGUUACUCUCAGAGCCCACUGGCUCGCCAUUGAUGGCGUGCAGCCGUUGAUUCCAGAGAACCCGAUCCCUGAGAACUUGGACGUGGCAGCAGCUGGCAAGAAGAGGAAGGUGAAAGAUAGCGAGACCAGUGAGAAGGAUCCCAUGGUGCAAGACGUACUUUCCCAGGAGCUUCAGCUUUAUUAUGAGAACGUCACUUCUGCUGUCAUUCAAGGCUCUCCGCACAUCCUGAGCGCAGCCUUGUCAAGCUUAAGGAAGGAUCCUGGUCUGCAGGCUCUUCUUCCCUACUUUGCUCAGUUCAUCACGGACGAGGUCAAGAGGUCUCUCAAGGACCUUCCAAUCCUCAACGCACUCUUGUCUAUGACGCUCGCCAUCCUCUCAAACGCGCAGCUGCAUGUCGAACCAAGGCUCCACGAGCUCAUGCCGGCCGUCAUGACCUGCAUGGUUGGCAAGCAGCUUUGCAAGUCCAGCCUGGAUCCUCACUGGAACCUUCGGGAUCGUGCGGCAAAACUCUUGAAUUUCAUCGUCGACAGGUACGCCGCACCUUACUCGACGUUGCAGCAGCGCAUCACCAACACUCUUCUACAUGCGUUCCUGGAGCCCACCAAGCCUCUGACCACUCACUACGGCGCUAUUGCAGGGUUGGCAGCGCUGGGGCCACAGACUAUGAAUCAGCUAAUCGUGCCGAACGCUCCAGCCUACGCGUCGUUGCUACAAAAGUACACGUUUGACAACCAUAUCAAACGAUUCGAGGCGAUUCGAGUCCGUGGAGCUUUGUUAGAUGCUGUCGGGAAAUCUUUCACUCACACACGAGUCUGA